AUGCCCCGUGAAAAGCAAAAGAGAGGCCGCCGGGCCGAGCAGAAGGCUCAAAAAGAGGAGGCGCAGCGCGAUUAUGACGAUUCUCUUGAGGCUCCCUCCGCCAAGCGCAUGAAGCCUUCCAGCGACGCCGACGAUACCGCACCCUCGUUUGCGGAAGGCGCAGACUUCAUUUCCCUCGAUGUCGGAGGUGACCAGCAGGAUCUGGAAGAGACUGGGGAUGCGGCCAAUGAUGAUACGCCUUUCUACGGAUUGCUCGACAGUGACGAGCAAGAAUACUUUUCGCGCGCCAAUGAAAUGCUCGAAGCGAACCAAUUCCACGAUGCCGAAGAGCGAAACCUAUUCGUGGAAAGUGUAUACCAAGAGGCGAAUGGAAAGGAGUUGAAGAUUGCUUGCAGCCAGGGCUGUUCGAGACUUGUGGAAAAGUUGAUCUCCAUGUCAGAUGUCAAGCAGAUUCGUCGAAUCUUUGGCAAAUUCCUCGGCCACUUCCUUCACCUUGUGCAGCACCGAUUUGCGAGCCAUUGUUGCGAAACGCUCUUCAUACACGCCGCCCCGGCAGUUAUGCAAAAGACCUCGAAGGCCCAGGCCAAGAAUUCGGAGGACGUUGAUGGUGAGUCAGACCUGUCUCUCGCCGACAUGUUCAUGAGCGUGAUCGAGGAACUGAAAGACAACUGGGGUUAUCUCUUGACCGAACGCUUUGCCUCGCACACAAUCCGAGUGCUGUUACUGGUUCUCGCUGGAGAGCCUGUGGACGUUACUUCGAAGGAUUCGGUGGUCGCGAGUCGCAAAAAGGAAAGAUUGGGUCUCCCAGCUGCCGGCGCGCAAGAAGAUAAUACACCUACACAAAAGCGGAGUGUACCGGAAUCUUUCGAGCCCGCGCUCAAAAAGAUCAUGGGCGACAUGGUUUCAGGCCUAGAUGAUACAUAUUUGCGGGCUCUGGCUACACAGCCCAUUGGAAACCCUGUUCUCCAAGUGAUGCUUUUCUUGGAGCUCUCUCACUUCGGCAAGUCUAGCGCCAAAGAUCCAAAGUCCAUUCUUCGUCGACUCGUACCCGAUGAGUCUUUUGAGGAAGGCACUGACAGCGCAACCUUUAUUCGCGGCUUGUUAUAUGACCCGGUCGGUUCCCGCCUGGUGGAGACGAUGGUACGAUACAUGCCCGGCAAGGUGUUCAAGAACCUCUACAAAAACAACAUUCGCGAUCGCAUUGGGUCUUUAUCCCGGAACAGUACUGCCGGUUAUGUCGUUCUGCGAACAUUGGAAAGACUCGGAAAGGACGACUUGCAAAGCGCGAUGGAUCUCAUUAUUCCCGAGGUUCCAGGCCUAAUUGAGCGAUCCCGUCUGGUCGUCCCCAAGAUGCUGAUUGAACGUUGUGUGGUCCGGAAUGUCGACACGAAACCUUUCGCAAAUGCGCUCAAGGAGGCGUAUGAUGCGGAUCCCACGAUCCGCCUCCGACAGAUGCUGCGACUGGACGAGUCCACGGAUCAAGCUGGGCAGGAACUGGAGGAUGAAGAGAUGGAAGAUGCCGAUGGGGGUGAUCACAAGCGACGCAAGCCAAAGACACCGGCCGGUGGCUCAUCUACAUCUGCUGCAGAGAGGCUGCACGGCUCCCUCCUAGCGCAAGCGAUGCUCACCGUUCCCGGCCCUCUGAGCGAGCUGGUAUACUCCAGUCUUCUUGCACAAUCAUCCGAAACAAUUGUUCAGCUUGCCAAGGAAGCUACCUCCUCUCGCGUUCUGCAACAGGCCCUGACUUUGCCCACUUCCACCGCCCAGUUCCGACGACAAUUCAUCCCCCGUUUCCAGGGCCACCUAGUCGAACUGGCACAAGACAACAGCGGAUCUCACGUUGUGGACGCCCUCUGGCCGGCAUCUAAAGAUGUGUUCUUCGUCAAGGAACGCAUGGCUCAAGAGCUGGCGCAAGACGAAAUGACUCUUCGCGACUCUUUCCUGGGUCGUGCAGUUUGGAGGAAUUGGUCGAUGGAUCUCUACAAGCGCCGCCGAGGCGAAUGGUCUGCUCGUGCUAAGGGGAUCGAGCGAGAUCCCGCGAGCUCUGAAGGCAGUGGAGAACGUCCCAAGUCGAAGCUGGAGUUGGCUCGGGCGCGGUUCGCUGCUAAAGAGGCCGCGGCUGCGGCUGCGAAGGCUUGA